AUGUCGCCGGCGUUACUGGACUUCACGUGUAUUAUCAACGCUGACAUCAAUACUGUGACCCAUUAUUACACCCUCUUUGCCAUCGGAACUAUCAUCGGAUCGUUAUGUAUCGGUGCCGGCGUUAUAGACAUCGUUCAGACCGUUUGGCUCAUUGAGAUGUGGGACUCCAAAAGUGGUUCACUCUUACAGCUAUCGGAGUUUGGCUAUGGGUUGGGCAUAACUAUAGGCCCUCUAAUAGUCGAACCGUUUCUUGUGGGUGAUGGGAACUGUAUGAACGAUACAUCGGCUGUGAAUACAACAAUCAAUUAUAGCCACAAACUGUUGCCUCCAUUCCUAGCCACCGGUUCCCUUCAGAUAUUGGGUGCGAUUAUGAUGUUAAUCAUGUAUUUGUGUCACAAAUAUAUUCCCAACACUCAAUCGCAAGACAACCAGACGGGUGGACACGAGGUUGAGAGGCCUACUGAACAGACAUAUCGACGCAGAUAUACCGUACAGUUCACCGAUGAAAAUAUACAGCAAUUGAAACAGGUGCAGUUGAAUACCAGCGGUUCCUAUAGGAGACGAUUCUCGACUUUCCCAGUGGUUGACCCCUCAUAUGUGGGGUCGUCGGGAACGUACCGUUUGCUGGUCAUAGGGAGACGAUUCUCGACUUUCCCAGUGGUUGACCCCUCAUAUGUGGGGUCGUCGGGAACGUACCGUUUGCUGGUCAUAGGGUUGGGAGCCGUGUGUUUCGCCACUAUUAUCAACUGCGAGUCGGCGUAUAUCGACUAUUCGCCCACAUUUUUUCGAUACUAUUCUAAUGUGCAGGGAUACAAAACGGCAAUACUGUUGUUUGUAAUGACAUCGUCCUAUACCCUAACGCGCGCCUGUAGUAUAUACGUGGCGUAUAGAGUGCGCCCGCAAUACAUACUAUCCGUUCAUUACGUGAUUGUAUUCACGAGUCUAGUCCUCCUAUCCUUUGCAAACCACAACACUAUACUCAUGUGGACGGGAAAUGUACUUUUCGGCAUAGGGAUCGCCACCUUCUGGUCGGCCACCUUCUCGUACAUCGAGACCUACUUCGAGGUGACGGACAGAAUCGGCACAAUAUAUGUGUCUCUAUUGGGUUUACUGGAGAUCAUAACCCAAUUCAUUGAGGGACCCUUCCUCGAG